AUGCCUGAUUUGGGAUUUUGUGGGAUAUAUAAAAUAAUUUUUUUCCGGAAGUUAGGUUGGAAAGGUCGCUUGAAAAUCAGCGGCGAGCAGCUAAAUCAGUUACGCUUCGCGGUUGAAAUGGUUCUUGUUGCCAACAUCUCUCACGAAAUAAAUGAGAUGUUGCAGGAGCUCAGCGCACGAAGUAAGAAAGUGGGCCUGAAAAUCAGCGCAUCGGAAACGAAAGUGGUGCAAAGUCUCGGUUUGCUCCCGGCAAGAUUACAGAUAGACGGAAUGGGCUUGCAAGAAGUUGACAGUUACGUCUAUUUCGGCCAAGAAAUAUGCGACACAAUCACCAGUAGGAGAUUACACGUCGAAAGGUUGUUGAUUGGCGUGGCCGAUGUUCUCAAAAUGUCGAAUCGGAAAAAUGGAGACCGGUGA